AUCCGUGUCCAGUCUCCAGAGGGGGUGAAGCGGAUCACAGCAACAAAGAGAGAAACAGCCGCAACGUUUUUGAAAAAGGUUGCAAAAGAAUUUGGCUUCCAAAACAACGGCUUUUCAGUUUACAUCAAUAGAAACAAGACGGGAGAGAUAACAGCAUCGUCCAACAAGUCCCUCAACGUGCUGAAGAUCAAACAUGGCGACCUGCUGUUCCUGUUUCCCUCGAGCCUUGCUGGGCCCUCUUCUGAGAUGGAGAUGUCGACUCCGCCAGGGCUGAAGGCCUUUGGGGCACCCAACGUGGUGGAAGAUGAGAUCGAUCAGUACCUGAGCAAGCAGGAUGGGAAGAUCUACCGGAGCCGAGACCCCCAGCUGUGCCGCCACGGCCCUUUGGGGAAAUGUGUGCACUGCGUCCCACUCGAGCCAUUUGAUGAGGACUACCUGAACCAUCUGGAGCCUCCAGUGAAGCAUAUGUCCUUCCAUGCCUACAUCCGCAAGCUGACCGGCGGGGCCGACAAGGGGAAGUUUGUUGCCCUGGAGAACAUCAGUUGCAAGAUCAAAUCAGGCUGUGAGGGACACCUCCCAUGGCCAAACGGCAUCUGCACUAAGUGCCAGCCCAGUGCCAUCACCCUGAACAGACAGAAAUACAGGCAUGUGGACAACAUCAUGUUUGAGAACCACACCGUGGCGGACCGCUUCCUCGACUUCUGGAGAAAGACAGGGAACCAGCAUUUCGGGUACUUGUACGGGCGGUACACGGAGCACAGAGACAUCCCACUUGGCAUCAGGGCGGAGGUGGCUGCCAUCUAUGAGCCCCCCCAGAUCGGCACACAGAACAGCUUGGAGCUGCUCGAAGAUCCGAAAGCCGAGGUGGUUGAUGAAAUCGCCGCCAAACUUGGCCUGAGGAAGGUUGGCUGGAUAUUUACAGACCUCGUCUCCGAAGACACCCGAAAGGGCACGGUCCGAUACAGUCGAAAUAAGGACACCUAUUUCCUGAGUUCAGAAGAAUGUAUCACCGCAGGAGACUUCCAGAACAAACAUCCCAACAUAUGUCAGCUCUCUCCAGAUGGACAUUUUGGAUCCAAGUUUGUCACUACAGUGGCUACAGGUGGCCCUGACAACCAGGUCCAUUUUGAAGGCUACCAGGUGUCCAAUCAGUGCAUGGCCCUGGUCCGCGACGAGUGUCUGCUGCCGUGCAAAGACGCCCCCGAGCUCGGCUACGCCAAGGAGUCCAGCAGCGAGCAGUACGUGCCGGACGUGUUCUACAAGGAUAUCGACAAGUUUGGCAACGAGAUCACGCAGCUGGCGCGCCCCCUGCCUGUGGAGUACCUGAUCAUCGACAUCACGACAACGUUCCCCAAGGACCCGGUCCACACUUUUUCUAUUUCGCAAAAUCCAUUUCCCAUCGAAAACCGGGACGUGUUGGGCGAGACGCAGGACUUCCACAGUCUGGCCACCUACCUGUCCCAGAAUACCUCAUCUGUGUUCCUGGACAUCAUCUCGGACUUCCACCUCCUGCUCUUCCUGGUCACCAAUGAGGUCAUGCCCCUGCAGGACAGCAUCAGCCUGCUGCUGGAGGCCGUCAGGACCAGGAACGAGGAGCUGGCACAGACCUGGAAGAAGUCCGAGCAGUGGGCCACCAUCGAGCAGCUCUGCAGCACCGUCGGCGUGCAGCUUCCAGGCCUCCAGGAGUUUGGUGCCGUCGGGGGCUCUGUGCACGCCGCCGCCUCCGCCGCCAUGUGGGCAUGCCAGCACUGCACCUUCAUGAACCCGCCGGGCACGGGGCACUGCGAGAUGUGCAGCCUCCCCAGGACCUAAGGCCACCCGCCGGCAGGACAGGCGC